GUGGGGUCCUUAAGCGUCAGACUGCUGCUUUCUCUGGACAGCAUCUUCGGCAAUGGCGGAUUACGAUAACUACGAUGACCGGGAUCGGGCUUACGGGAGCUUCGGUGGAGGAAGAGGACCCCGAGGUGGUGGUGGCCCAAGCGGACCCCGAAAGCAGAAGGAACUCCCCACAGAGCCGCCCUACACCGCAUACGUUGGCAACCUGCCCUUCAACACAGUGCAAGGAGACAUAGAUGCCAUUUUCAAAGACGUCGGCAUCAGGAGCGUUCGGCUAGUCAGAGACAAAGAGACAGACAAGUUCAAAGGUUUCUGUUAUGUGGAGUUUGACGACUUGGAAUCUUUAAAAGAGGCUUUGACGUAUGAUGGCGCUUUACUAGGAGAUCGGUCUUUGAGGGUGGACAUCGCAGAGGGCCGAAGGCAAGAACGUGGCGCCGGAGGCUUUGGCUUCCGAAAAGACGACAGAGGCCGCGGUGGUUCACACGGGGCCAGAGGAGGGGGACGUGAACCCAGAGACGACUACGACCAGUCCGGAGGAGGUGCGACAAGUGAAUUGGGAUUUAGAGAUGAUGACUUCAUGGGUGGGAGGGGUCGAGGUGGCGGUCGUCCUGGUGACAGAAGGGGCGGUGGAGCUGGAGGCGGAGCCGGAGCUGGAGGCGGAGCCGGCGGAGGCAUGGGGCGCUACAAAGAUGGACCUCCUCGCGCAGGCCAGACAGACUUCAGAGAACCCUCUGAUGAGGAACGAGCGCAAAGACCAAGGCUACAGCUGAAGCCCCGUACGGUGGCAGGUCCCCUCAACCAAGUGGCGAACCCCAACUCGGCCAUUUUUGGGGGUGCCAAACCCAGGGAGGAGAAUUAAUGUGUGUCAGUGUGGCUGCAUUAUUCCGGAAGGCUAUACUGGACCGGCUUUGAUCACCAAAAAUCUUUCAAAAGACUUCUCCCAGUGACACGCAGGCAGGGGCACGAGAUGCCGGUCUCCUCUCGAAUCCUAAACGAUACCCUCUUCUCAUUGGCUUAAAAGCACAGAGGUGUAGGGCCUCUAGAAAGGGGGUGGAGCGUAGGCUUUACUCUGCCCCUGUCUUCCCCUCUCUCAGACUCCGCCCACACACCGCCAAGACCCAAAACUUGGAGGACGACAUCUCCAGGUCGAUUCCAUUCUGUUUAAGGACUUCACGAUCUCACACUCUCUCUCUCUCUCUCUCUCUCUCUCUCUCUUUCUCUCUCUCCCUCUCCCUUUCGAAAGUAUCUUUGUGUUGAGACCAGACGUGUCGAGUUUGUAGGCAUGCAGGAGCAAAACCUGCCGUGUCAUUUUAUAUUUUGCUCUUUAAAUUUCUUUACUGUGUUUGAAAAAUUAAAACGUUGAGCUUGUCUUAAUUAAACGAUUUCAAAGAGAAGAGCAUUUUGAAUUGGUUUUAAUUGGUGGCAGUGUCUUUAGGAAAGAUUUUGGAGCUCGUCUGGCUUAUCCAGAGCUUUCAGGAACAAUAAGCCACAUCAUUUCAUUCAUUUAGAAGAGCAACACGUAUGCAUGAUAGAUUUGGUUGGUGACACAUGGGUCUACAGUCGACGGCAGCCUUCACAGCUUUACAGCAACGUAUUACAAAAGAAAAAAGAUGGUUAUGUAAACAAUGAACAUUCUUUAACACCAGUUGUACUACCUUACAUAUGAAGCUUAUUGAACAAAAGUUAACUGCUCAUCACAUUUUCAAGCAGGGUGACACUAGGCACUGUAGUUUUGUCUCCUAGUGGUUCGAGUGUAGUUCUUCAUGGAACAACCAUGUUGUGACCCUUUUAUUUGUUGCAUUUUACUGGAUAUACAUUUGAGGAAGUUCCAUUUUUUUCUUACUGUACUAUUAUAUAGAGGUUGGCUGUUUUUAUUCUUUUUUUUUUUGUCAUUUUCCUACACUGUUUAUGGCAAUAAAUUGUAUCAUCUUA